AUGACAGUGUGUCAUGGAAGUGCCGGUACACCAGUGGUUUUUAAUGAGAAUGGAGAUGCUCCAGGAAGAUACGAUAUCUUCCAGUACCAGAUCAACAACAGGUCUACUGCGGAGUACAGAGUCAUCGGCUCCUGGACCAAUAAACUACACCUCAAAGUCGAGGCCAUGCGUUGGAAGACAGGGGACCCAUCUCUCCCACCCUCUGUGUGCAGCAUCCCAUGCCGUGCGGGGGAAAGAAAGAAAGUGGUCAAAGGUGUGCCGUGUUGCUGGCACUGUGAGCGCUGUGAGGGAUACCAGUACCAGGCGUCAGAGUUCACUUGUGAGCUGUGUCCAUAUGAGAUGCGACCUGAUGCCAACCGCACUGGCUGUGUUCCCAUCCCCAUCGUCAAGCUGGAGUGGCACUCCCCCUGGGCCAUCUUCCCUGUCUUCAUCUCCAUGCUUGGGAUCAUUGCCACCUCUUUCGUCAUCGUCACGUUUGUCCGGUACAAUGACACGCCCAUCGUACGAGCGUCGGGACGGGAGAUGAGCUACGUGCUGCUGACAGGAAUCUUUCUGUGUUACGCCAUAACGUUCCUGAUGAUUGCGACGCCGGAUGUGGGAGUGUGUUCACUCAGGAGGAUUUUCUUGGGCUUGGGGAUGUGUUUCAGCUAUGCCGCGCUACUCACCAAGACCAACAGGAUACACCGCAUCUUUGAACAAGGGAAGAAGUCUGUAACAGCACCUAGGUUCAUCUCUCCUGCCUCCCAGCUCGUCAUCACCUUCUCGCUCAUCUCAGUUCAGUUGCUGGGUGUCUUCAUCUGGUUCGCGGUGGACCCUCCCCACACGGUCGUGGACUAUGGCGAGCAGCGGACCCAGGAUCCCAUGGCGGCACGCGGCGUCCUCAAGUGUGACAUCUCGGACCUGUCCCUUAUCUGCUCCCUGGGUUUCUCCAUCCUGCUGAUGGUGACGUGCACAGUUUACGCCAUCAAGACGCGGGGCGUGCCCGAAACCUUCAACGAGGCCAAGCCCAUCGGAUUUACCAUGUACACCACCUGCAUCAUCUGGCUGGCAUUUAUACCCAUCUUCUUUGGCACGUCACAGUCUGCAGAGAGGUUUCUAAUUGGAAUAUCCUCUGGAGUGUGUGGCAGCUGGCUGGCUAAAAGAGAGAGCAGAAGAGAGGGAGGAGAGAGACGAGUGAAAGGAAUAAACAGAUAUAAUGUAGCUGCCCAUCAUAGUGUUGUGGUUCCUAGCCGGUAA